UAUAAAAAGUCGUGAGUUCCAAGGACCAACAGAAUUUGCCAGCUAAGCAACUACGACAUCAUGGUUGAGUAUCCCACCCGCAAAAUUGGCGUCGAUGAUGUCUCUGCCAUUGGUUUUGGUGCCAUGGUACUCUCAGCGUUUUAUGGUCAGACUGAUCCAGAUGAAGAGUGCCUCAAGGUGUUGGAUAAAGCGUAUGAGCUUGGCUGCACCUUCUGGGACACUGCUAGUGUCUAUGGGGACAAUGAAGAGCUCAUUGGCAAAUGGUUCAAGCUGAAUCCCGAAAAGCGGAGCAAAAUAUUUCUUGCCACAAAAUUUGGUAUUAAAUCUGUUGGGGUGGUCGACGGAUCCCCCCGAAAUGUCUACGAGUCGUUCGCAAAAUCGCAGAGGUUGCUUGGCGUUGACAGGGUCGAGCUUUUCUACUUACAUAGACCUGAUCCCCAAACACCAAUUGAAGAAACGGUCGGCGCCAUGGCAGAGCUUGUCAAGCAGGGGAAGGUGAAGUAUCUCGGAUUGUCGGAAUGCAGUGCGGAUACCAUGCGCCGCGCUCAGAAAGUGCACCCUAUUGCUGCUGCCCAAGUGGAAUAUUCGCCCUUCACGCUUGACAUCGAGGACCCGAAGUUUAAUAUCCUAAGCACGGCCCGUGAGCUUGGAAUCAAGAUCAUUGCCUAUUCACCUCUUGGGCGUGGUUUGAUCACGGGACGGUAUAAAUCUCCGGAUGACUUCGAAUCUAAAGAUUUCAGGCGGACAAUUCCGAGAUACUCGAAGGAGAACUUCCCUAACAUCCUGAAGCUAGCAGAUGACGUGAAAAGAGUAGGCGAGCGGUACAAUGCAACUGCUGGGCAAGUGGCUUUGGCGUGGCUUCUGGCUCAAGGCGACGAUGUCAUCCCCAUUCCUGGUACAAAGAAGAUCAAGUAUCUCGAGGAGAACCUCGGGGCUAUCAAUGUGUCGUUGAGUCCUGAAUCAGUCCAGGAAGUGCGUAUGAUUGCAGAGAAGGCGGAUGGGGUGAUUGGGGACCGCUAUGCUCCAGCAUCUAUGAAGGGGCUGUAUGCAGAGACCCCACUUCCAAAGAGCGCCUAGACUCCACCGUGAACUUGAAUAAUGAUCGAUAGCAAUGUACAUACCUGAUAUGAUGUGACUGUCGAACGAUGCUAAAUCAUAACCUUGCGCAUGAUUGGGCUUACACGCACCAGUUGGAACACCUGCC